GGUUCCCUAUCCUUAGAGAUUGGCAGCUAGCCAAAAGAACAAAUACCACCCUGAGAUUCAGGAGAUUUUCAAGCAAGUAAAUAUUAAUAUUCCACUCUUGGAUGCCAUACAACAAGUGCCUUCAUAUGCAAAAUUUUUGAAGGACUUGUGCACAGUGAAGAGGAAGCUGAAUGUAAAGAAGAAAGCUUUCCUAACGGAGCAAGUCAGUGCAUUGAUAUUGAGCGAGACUCCUCAGAAGUUCGGAGAUCCCGGCUCUCCUAACAUUUCCAUUAUGAUUGGUGAGUCACGCAUUGGGAGAGCUUUACUUGAUUUGGGGAGUAGUGUGAACUUGCUACCAUUCUCAGUGUAUGAGCAGUUGGGAUUGGGUGAGCUGAAAAAGGCCUCCAUCAUGCUACAGUUGGCUGACAGAUCAGUUAUGGAGCCGAGGGGCAUUGUAGAGGAUGUGCUGGUCCAGGUGGACAAAUUUUACUACCCAGUGGAUUUUGUAGUUCUUGAUAUGCAGCAGCCAACCUCCACUAUUUACCAAGCUCCUGUCAUCCUUGGAAGACCAUUUCUAGCUACAUCAAAUGCUUUGAUUAAUUGCAGAAGUGGAGUUCUGAAGCUUACUUUUGGGAACAUGGGACUUCAGUUGAACGUUUUCAAUGCUUGCAAGAUGCCAGCACAUUUUGAUGACACAAAUUCUUCUUUACCACUUGAAGUACAAUUUGCAGGCGUAAGAUGGAAACUCCAGUUUGAAACUCUACCACCACCAGACAUACUUAAAUCUUCAGAGGAAGAAGUUCCCCAGUUGAAAUUGAAACCACUUCCUCAAGAUUUAAAGUAUGUGUUUCUUGGUCCUGAAGAAGGCACUUUUCCUAUGGUGAUUUCUUCAAAGUUAAAUCAGAAGGAUGAAGCUCAGUUGAUUGAAGUCUUAAGAAAGUAUCGAGGUGCUAUUGGUUGGACAAUAGCCGACAUCAAAGGUAUUGAUGCUGCUGUUUGUCCCCACAUAAUCCAUCUUGAAGAUGAUGCUUGA